UCAGCUCAAGGCAAACAUCUCGCCUUGAUUUAGGCAAGGGGCCUCAUGCUCAAGAAAGUGUAACAACAAUCUCUUAUUUUCAUCUCCACUGCCAGUGUUCUGUCGAGUCGAUCUAUAUCCAGUACUAGCAGGUUUCAUUGAUAUUGAAUCUGUAUGACUCCAAUUAAUUAUGCUUUGUACUACGACAUGUGGCUCAGUACUAAUGUGGCCGACGAGGACAAAGACCAAAGCGACAUCCUCUUUCUCAUACACCCACAGUACACACAAAGUGAUGCAUAGAAAUCCACCUGAAGCGUCCAUGACUACUAUGAUAUAAAAGCUAGCAACAAAUACAACUCCCCUCAUCACUUGAAGUCACUAAGGUGCGGCAGGUCCAACAUUAGCCAGACUCUUCAGCCGAAACAUUCUCGCACUACUUGCUAUACGUUCCAUAAUGUCUAAUUCGCAGACUCCUGAUGCACGCACUGCGCUCAUGCAAUCUGUUCUCUCGCGUCACUUACAGGCGAAGGCGAGUUCGGCGAGAGUGUCCCGAAGCUCUCUACUGCGGAGACCAAGCCGCAAUUUCAAUGCGCAGGACUUUGCUGGCCACCGAAAGCAGGCAGCUAGCCCUAGCAAGCGCAAGGCACGCGAGGACAACAUUGCCUUGGCAAUUCGAGGCAGAACGAUCUAUGAUCCACGAGCCAACCCUGUUGCACACUCGGCACCAAAGACAAGCAGCUCACGGAAGAAGCUGAUGACGCCAAGCGCUCCCUCAUACCACCCCCUUGGAACUGGUGUACUGUUGAAAGAGAAAGCGUUGCCUCUGAGUAUUUUACAACGGAUGGAAACCGAGGAAGAACAUCGAGUCUUCCUGAUGAAAGCCGGAGGUGCCUCUACGCCGAGCUACCACUGGCAGGCGCGGGACAAUUCUCCCUGGAUGGGCAUCUCUGAGUCGGAUCCGGAUUGCCAUAUGCCGGGAAGUAGUACACCCUCGGACAUGGAGUAUUCCCCAUCUCUCUGGAACGCACCGAAUUUGAAUUCAGGGGAGGGAGAUUGGGAGACGAUGUUUGACAUGUAUAUCAACUUGCAAGAGGAGUGAAUGAGAAAGUGUUGGAUAA